CCCUCCACCGCGCCGGCCUCCUCCACCACAAGUCUGUCCAGCUUGCUCAUGAGUCCAUGGUGAACUACCAUCGUUCCCCCCAAUGUCUACGUCACAAUCCCCGAUGGCCUCUACGGAUCAAUCUGCUAUCACUGUGGUACGAAGCGAGGAAGAAUCAAAUGGAAUAGACAACGGUGAUGAAGUACAGGAAAAAAAGAGCACACAGGCCACAGAUUGCGAAGUCGCAAAGGGAUUAACCAUCAAGGAAACAAGUGAAGAAAUGCAGCCAGCUCAAGACAAUGAAUUAGCACAAACAUUCGACACCGAAGGGGCAGAAACUGUAGGGGACAAGCUUGCAGAACUAAAUGGAAUACCCAACAAAGAUGAAGUGGAGAAAAAGAAGAGCACGCAGUCCACAGAUUCCAAGGAAUUAACCUUGAACGAAACAAGAGAACAAAUGCAGUUAGCUCAGGAUGAGGAAUUAGCACAAACAUUUGGCAUCGAAGGGGCAAACACUAUAGGGGACACAAUGAGAGAAUCAAAUGAAACAGCCGACAAAGAAGUGGAGAAAACGCAAAGCACGCAGUCAAGUGAUUCAGAAGACUCCGAAGUGACAGAGGAAUUAACCUUCAAUGAAACAAGUGAACAAAUGGAUGCAGCUGAGGACAGAGAAUUAGAACUAACGUCUGGCAUGGAAGGGGCACAUGCAGGGAAGCCUAUCCGACUGCAUAACAAACCUAAGAAGGCACAAGACUAUGUGGUGGCUCCAGAAGAUUACGCCUGCACCGGCGAUGAUUGGUCUGUGAUUGAAAAUAUCAUGUCUGAACCAAACGAUAAAAGAAAUUUAGUGAGCAUUGAUGACUCACAUCUCCAAAGAAAACAAUUACAACGUCUAUUACUCCCAGAAGAAUUUGUUGGCGACGAAGUAAGUAUAUGUAGCUUUUAG